UUUCACGAUUAGCUUCUUCAAUGUUUAAAUUGAUUUAAAAGACAAUAUAAAAAUGUAUAUAACCCUUUUCCUAAAUAAAAAGCGAAACAAAAUUCCCAGUUUUUAAAUAAUAUAGCUGUAAAUGAAGUUUGCUUUACCCUAAGUUUUACUCCUCUCGGUUUUUAAUAUCUCGCGGGACAACACACGCCAAUCACAGAUUUCUUGAGAUCGAGCGUCUUACGUCCCCGCAAAGAGCCAGGUAUAAAACGAGAGGAGCGGGGAAGGCAUAAACAAAACCGACCGCAAGGCUGAAUUAUAAACUUUGCUUUUCGAAUAUCUCUACUUCUUAUGUGUGUACGUAUUAGUCCGUUUACCUUGUUAUUUCCGCACGGACGUAUUGGCAAACCGUCGAGCAGUUCGGCUAGUCAGUAAACACCCGAUCGUUUCGGCAAUCACGUCUGGAUAUGUUGAGCUAUAAGGUAUUUAGUAGAAGCGCUGCAUAUUCGAAGACUCCUUUCUUUGGAGAGGCGGACAGAGUCUGUCGGUUCUGUAAAAAGACAUUUUGCUGCACGAAAUGCCACGUUCGCCACGUGAACAAGGUACAUCCUAACGUGAAUGCCGAUUGUCCUUUGUGCGCGUCUGAGGUAUUAUCAAUGCGACCAUAUGUGUCCGCGAAAUUGAACUUCGAGGAUGAUAAAUUGUUGUGUCACAUAGUGGACAAGCACUUGCCGUUACAUUGCCAGCUGUGCGGUGAUUUAUUUGAAUCCAUAGAAGAUUUCAGAACCGUCGCUACGUGCAAGUGGUUUGAACGUUGGCAUUGUUUGACGUCGCCAAUCUGUUACGAGCACCCCGAGAAGAAACCGUGUUCUAUAAGCGGGAACAGCGAUUGCAACAGCAGCAGAUUUUGGACGCCGCCGGAAAUCUAUCGGAAGACUAGCACGCCGAUGUUCGUUGGCCAAAAGAUCGGCUGUGAGACGCCUUGCGUGCCAGAAUUCAGCUUGAAAACGCCCAAGAACUCGCCGUCGAUCACACAUAUUGCGUCGAUCUCGAGUACGAGCGAUACGCAGUUCUUCAGCUUCACGCAGACCUCGAGCGAAGGGAUGACGCCUUUCAGAAGCUAUAAGAACGAAUUCUCCAGGAACAAUUCCGGCAAAAAGCUGAGCAUCAUGGAAGAAGAUGAGAAGAUCAGGAAUGAAGAAGCCGAGAAGAUAACUGCUCACGAAUUGUUGUCUCCUGUAAAUAUAAAAUUAACGUCCGAGAGCAGCAUUCUGACGAUCCCCAAAGAUUCACCAAAGUCAGACGAUGUAACUGCUAUACCGAUCAACUUAUCGUCCCCUGUAAAUAUGGAAUUGUCCGAGGCCUCACCUCUAAAGUCAGGCGAUGUAACUGCUGACUCACUCGAAUUGUCGUCUCCUGUUGAUAUGGAACUGACGUUGUCCAAGGGCAGCCCGAUGACCCACGAGGUCUCACCUCCAAAGUUAGACGAUGUAACUGCUAACUCAUUCGAACUGUCGUCUCCUGUUGAUAUGGAACUGACGUUGCCCAUGAACAGCAUCCUGACGACUCCCCCCGAGAACUCAUCCCUGAAGUCAAAUAAUAUCCGCGAGGACGUCGUAAAGAAGGUGAGGUUCUCCGAUCAGUAUAAAACUGCGGGGGAGCUCGAGAACUUGGAGUCCUGCGUACAAGCUAUUAUCAAUCUGUCAAUGGAGGAGGUGCUUCACGAUGAUCACGAUGAGACCAACGCGCAAAAGACGAAGGCAACUGCAGAAGACACUCCGGAUGCAAGGGACAUAAUGGAUACGGGCAACCCGAAAGACAUGUGCGUCGUGGAAAACGCGAAGAACACGAAUGAUAAUCAAGCGGAGGAUGAAAUGCCCUCUUUAAUAAAAUCUUCGAAGGAUUUUUUAAGCGAUUCGCAAAGCAGAACCGUUCAGGACAACGCGAAAAAAGAGAACCGAGAUCCCGAAGUGAGCCACGAGGGUGCGUCAACCGUGAUUCAACGAGAUUCUAACAGAGUGCUGAUGAUGGUGUUGUUGGAGAACAACUCAAGUGAAUUCACUAAUGAUCUGAUGCCACUGAUCAGUUCAGGUCUGAAGAAACUAGAGGAGCAACUGAAAUCGACAAAUUUUCAGCCACCUUCGAAGUCGACCGAGUCUGCUAAGAUCUGUAGAAGGUCUAUUACGACGAUGAGGAUGAGAGUCUCGAGUGUCGAGAGGUAUUCCGCGAGCAACGAAGAGACGACGAAUCCAAAUCACAGAGAGCUCGCAUCGUCAUCCUCUUCAUCAUUCGUACAGAGCAACAAAAACAAUAAUAAUGGUGGAUUUUUGUCAACCGUCUCGCAAACUAUAAAGUACGCCUUCAGAAAUCUCUCUGGCUUGAGAAUGCCGCUAAGAAACAUGGAGGCAAUUGAAAUAACUGAGCAACGAGAGAGCAACACAGAAUUAACAUCUUCACAGGGAACAUCCAGUGACAGUAGCAGUCGCAUUCGUCCUAGCAAACGGGUUCACGAGGUCACCGAGGAGUCCUCGAGCGAAUCAAAUUCAAUUUUAAGCGCGUUUGACAUAAAGUCUCCCCUCGCGAAACGUUCGAGGAGAGGGUACAGAAUGAUCCGAGGACGCCAGCCAAUCCACAGGAUGCGGAACAGCCACGUGACAACUUCGUCCAGAGGAGUGUCCGCGGGGACACAGGUUUUUAGUCAAGGAUCCUUGACGGUGGGCGACACGAUUUUGCCGCUUCCUGCGAGAGCCCACCAAUAAAGAUUGUGUCAAUAAUUGGAAUGAAAUCGAACGCGGAAAAAUCAAAUAUAUUUUGAACAUUCGACGUUGCUCGAAACAGCGUACAAAUCAGAACUCAUUAUGGCUGCGGUCAAGCUGUCGCUUGAAACAUUUCGAAGUAUUCUGCUUCUCCUUUCUUUCAGAAAAGAAGGAGAAGAGAAACACUCCGAAGUAUUUGUAGCGGCGGCUUGACCGCAACCUAUGUUGCAAGACUGGUACGACACAUAUUUACGCCUUUAAUUACAAAUAAAUGCAUAACAUUAAUUUUUAUUGCAUAUUUACAGAUAUUAAAAAUACAGUACUUAAGGAUAUGAAAAAGAUGAGAUCAUGCAAGAUGUUUUUACCUACAAAUUAUUGAAUACACAUGUAUUUUUAAAAUUAAACUUUCUUAUUUAAUAUUAAUUCAUUC